UUAUAUUUGAUUACGUUGAAAUAUUUGUUUUGUUAAAAACGAUAGUCAUUUGUUUAUUAUAUUUUUUACAGAUAAUAUUUCUCUGAAAGCUAUUUGUGAAGAUAGGAAAUACUGAUACAAAAAAAAUUAAUGUGGAAUUUCAUUAUUUAUUUUCCAUAAAUAUCAUCGCGGGAUUUAUUGAAAAAAAAAUUAUCGCGAGAUUUCAUAAAAGAUUAUUAUGGAAAUUAUAAUAUCUAUCACAAAACAGAAUUAUUAUGGGAUUCCGUAGAAAAAAAUAAUCAUCGGACUUUAUCGCAAAAGAAGAUUAUCAAGAAACUUCAUCAUAGAAAAGAAUUAUUGCAGAAUUUCAUCGUAGAAAAGGAUUGUCGUGGGAAUUUAUUGCAAAAGAAAAUCGUUACGGAACUGCGUUGUAGAAGAUCAUCGUGGGACUGUAUCAUAGAAGAAAAUUAUCACAGAAUUUCAUCGCAGAAGAGGAUCAUUGCAGAAAAGGAUCAUCGUGAGAUUUCAUCACAGAAAAGAAUUAUUGCAGGAUUUCAUCGAAGAAGAGGAUCGUCGUGGGACUUUGUUGCAGAAGAGAAUCUUUACGAAACUCCGUUACAGAAAAUCAUCGUAAGACUGUGCCAUAAAAGAAAAUUAUCACGGAAUUUCAUCGCAGAAGAGGAUCAUCGCGAGACUUCAUCGUAGAAGAGGAUCAUCGCGGAAUUCCAUCGGAAGAGAAUAAUUACUGGACUUCAUCGCAGAAAAAGAUCAUCGUGGGACUUCACAGAAAAAAAUUAUUGAAGGAUUUUAUCGUAGAAGAGGACCGUUGUGGGACUUUCUUGCAGAAGAGAAUCUUUACGGAACUCCGUUGCAGAAGAUCAUCGUGAAACUGUGCCAUAAAAGAAAAUUAUCACGGAAUUUCAUCGCAGAAGAGGAUCAUCGCGAGACUUUAUCGUAGAAGAGGAUCAUCGCGGAAUUCCAUCAGAAAAGAAUAAUCACUGGACUCCAUCGCAGAAAAGGAUCAUCGUGGGAUUUCACAGAAAAGAAUCAUUGAAGGAUUUUAUCAUAGAAGAGGAUCAUCACAUAAUUCCGUUACAAGAGAACAAUCACUGGACUCCAUCGCAAAAAUGGAUCAUUGCAAGAUUUCAUCGCAGAAAAGGUCGUCGUGGGAUUUCAUUACAGAAAAGAAUUAUUGCAGGAUUUCAUCGCAGAAGAGGAUCGUCGUGGGACUUUGUUGCAGAAGAGAAUCUUUACGGAACUCCGUUACAGAAGAUUAUCGUGAGACUGCCAUAAAAGAAAAUUAUCACGGAAUUUCAUCGCAGAAGAGGAUCAUCGCGGAAUUCCAUCAGAAGAGAAUAACCACUGGACUCCAUCGCAGAAAAGGAUCAUCGUGGGAUUUCACAGAAAAGAAUCAUUGAAGGAUUUUAUCAUAGAAGAGGAUCAUCACAUAAUUCCGUUACAAGAGAACAAUCACUGGACUCCAUCGCAAAAAUGGAUCAUUGCAAGAUUUCAUCGCAGAAAAGGUCGUCGUGGGAUUUCAUUACAGAAAAGAAUUAUUGCAGGAUUUCAUCGCAGAAGAGGAUCGUCGUGGGACUUUGUUGCAGAAGAGAAUCUUUACGGAACUCCGUUACAGAAGAUUAUCGUGAGACUGCCAUAAAAGAAAAUUAUCACAGAAUUUCAUCGCAGAAUAGUAUUAUCGCGAGACUUCAUCGUAGAAGAGGAUCAUCGCGGAAUUCCAUCAGAAGAGAAUAAUCACUGGACUCCAUCGCAGAAAAGGAUCAUCGUGGGAUUUCACAGAAAAGAAUCAUUGAAGGAUUUUAUCAUAGAAGAGGAUCAUCACAUAAUUCCGUUACAAGAGAACAAUCACUGGACUCCAUCGCAAAAAUGGAUCAUUGCAAGAUUUCAUCGCAGAAAAGGUCGUCGUGGGAUUUCAUUACAGAAAAGAAUUAUUGUAGGAUUUCAUCGCAGAAGAGGAUCGUCGUGGGACUUUGUUGCAGAAGAGAAUCUUUACGGAACUCCGUUACAGAAGAUUAUCGUGAGACUGCCAUAAAAGAAAAUUAUCACGGAAUUUUAUCGCAGAAGAGGAUCAUCGCGGAAUUCCAUCAGAAGAGAAUAACCACUGGACUCCAUCGCAGAAAAGGAUCAUCGUGUGAUUUCACAGAAAAGAAUCAUUGAAGGAUUUUAUCAUAGAAGAGGAUCAUCACAUAAUUCCGUUACAAGAGAACAAUCACUGGACUCCAUCGCAAAAAUGGAUCAUUGCAAGAUUUCAUCGCAGAAAAGGUCGUCGUGGGAUUUCAUUACAGAAAAGAAUUAUUGCAGGAUUUCAUCGCAGAAGAGGAUCGUCGUGGGACUUUGUUGCAGAAGAGAAUCUUUACGGAACUCCGUUACAGAAGAUUAUCGUGAGACUGCCAUAAAAGAAAAUUAUUACAGAAUUUCAUCGCAGAAUAGUAUUAUCGCGAGACUUCAUCGUAGAAGAGGAUCAUCGCGGAAUUCCAUCAGAAGAGAAUAAUCACUGGACUCCAUCGCAGAAAAGGAUCAUCGUGGGAUUUCACAGAAAAGAAUCAUUGAAGGAUUUUAUCAUAGAAGAGGAUCAUCACAUAAUUCCGUUACAAGAGAACAAUCACUGGACUCCAUCGCAAAAAUGGAUCAUUGCAAGAUUUCAUCGCAGAAAAGGUCGUCGUGGGAUUUCAUUACAGAAAAGAAUUAUUGUAGGAUUUCAUCGCAGAAGAGGAUCGUCGUGGGACUUUGUUGCAGAAGAGAAUCUUUACGGAACUCCGUUACAGAAGAUUAUCGUGAGACUGCCAUAAAAGAAAAUUAUCACGGAAUUUCAUCGCAGAAGAGGAUCAUCGCGGAAUUUCAUUAGAAGAGAAUAACCACUGGACUCCAUCGCAGAAAAGGAUCAUCGUGGGAUUUCACAGAAAAGAAUCAUUGAAGGAUUUUAUCAUAGAAGAGGAUCAUCACAUAAUUCCGUUACAAGAGAACAAUUACUGGACUCCAUCGCAAAAAUGGAUCAUUGCAAGAUUUCAUCGCAGAAAAGGUCGUCGUGGGAUUUCAUUACAGAAAAGAAUUAUUGUAGGAUUUCAUCGCAGAAGAGGAUCGUCGUGGGACUUUGUUGCAGAAGAGAAUCUUUACGGAAUUCCGUUACAGAAGAUUAUCGUGAGACUGCCAUAAAAGAAAAUUAUCAUGGAAUUUCAUCGCGGAAGAGGAUCAUCGCGGAAUUCCAUCAGAAGAGAAUAACCACUGGACUCCAUCGCAGAAAAGGAUCAUCGUGGGAUUUCACAGAAAAGAAUCAUUGAAGGAUUUUAUCAUAAAAGAGGAUCAUCACAUAAUUCCAUUACAAGAGAACAAUCACUGGACUCCAUCGCAAAAAUGGAUCAUUGCAAGAUUUCAUCGCAGAAAAAGAUUAUCGUGGGAUUUCAUUACAGAAAAGAAUUAUUGCAGGAUUUCAUCGCAGAAGAGGAUCGUCGUGGGACUUUGUUGCAGAAGAGAAUCUUUACGGAACUCCGUUACAGAAGAUCAUCGUGAGACUGCCAUAAAAGAAAAUUAUCACGGAAUUUCAUCGCAGAAGAGGAUCAUCGCGAGACUUCAUCGUAGAAGAGGAUCAUCGCGGAAUUCCAUCGGAAGAGAAUAAUCACUGGACUCCAUCGCAGAAAAAGAUCAUCGUGGGACUUCACAGAAAAGAAUUAUUGAAGGAUUUUAUCGUAGAAGAGGACCGUUGUGGGACUUUGUUGCAGAAGAGAAUCUUCAUGGAACUCCAUUCUAGAAGAUCAUCGUGGGACUGUGUCAUAGAAGAUUAUCACGAGACUUUAUUGCAGAAGAGACUCAUCGCGAAACAUCAUUAUAGAAGAGGAUUAUCACGAAAUUUUAUCAGAACAAUCAUCACUGGGCUCCACCGCAAAAAAAGGAUUAUUGCAGAAUUUCAUCGCAGAAAAGGAUCAUCGUGGGACUUUAUCACAGAAAAGAAUGAUUGCAGGAUUUCAUCGCAGAAAAAAAUCGUCGUGGGACUUUAUUGCAGAAGAGAAUCUUCAUGGAACUACAUUGUAGAAGAUCAUCGUGGGACUGUUAUAAAAGAGGAUUAUCACGGGACUCCAUCACAGAAGAGAAUUAUCACGAGACUUCACCGUAAAAGGAGAUUAUCGCAGAAUUACGUUAAAAGGGAACCAUCACUGGACUCCAUCACAGAACUGGAUCAUUGCAGGACUUCAUCGCAGAAAAGAAUUACUGCAGGAUUUCAUCACAGAAGAGGAUCACCGCGAGGCUUUAUCAUAGAAGGGGAUUAUCGCGGAAUUCCGUCAAAAGAGAAUCACCAUUGAACUGCAUCGUAGUAAAGAUAGAUUUAUUGUAGCAUCAUUGGACUUAGAACUUCAAAACAUCGUGGAAAGAUGGGCAUCAUAGGACUUCGAACAUCGACAUCGUAGAAUGGAGCCUGGAACCUGGAACAUCGGCGAGAUUAAAAAUAUUGACAUCGUGAAAUUUGGAUUGUGGACUUCGUGGGAUCUGGAACAUUGACAUCAUGGAACUUCGAACCUCAAUAUCGUGAAACUUGAAAUCUUGGAGUUUCAACAUUGUAAUAUCUAGAAUUUGGUCAUUGAAAGAUUUAAAGCUUCAAUAUUUGAAGAUUUGGAACUUCCUUCGAUAUUGUGAGACCUAAAAAUUUGCAUUGGAUUAGAAAUUUCAACAUCUUAAAUUCUUAUAUUAUUUGUUAAGAAAUUUUAGUAGCAAAUAUAUGGUAUUUAGAUUUUCAUAUUAUAAAAAUUAAAUCUAUUAUUAAGAAA